AUGGCUUACUCUACAUCAAACUCCGACGACCUCAAUGUUAACAAAAACCAGUCGAUUGGCCUCCGAGAGACUAAUACCCUCACCAAUGACCAGGAGAAGCAGCCAUUCAGUACUUUCCGCGCGCCUGCACUGCCGAAUUCGCUCGGGUCUGGGACGGCUCUCGCCAUCGGCGCUUUCGCAACUACCCUAACGACCCUCUCCCUCAGCUUGAUGCAGUGGCGCGGUGUGGUGAUCACAAACGUCUACGUCGCCAACUUCUUCUUUGUCGCCGUUUUCGGGCUUCUCAUCACCGCGCAAUGGGAGAUGGCAGUGGGAAAUGGGUUCGCAUAUACGGUGUUCAGUGCUUUUGGCUUGUUCUACGCUGGCUACGCCGCCAUUCUCACGCCCUCGUUCGGCAUCGCAGCCGCCUACGGCGAUGACCUCGUCCAAUAUAACAACGCCCUCGGCUUCUUCAUGACGCUCUGGACCAUCUUCGUACUCACGUUCCUCAUCGCAUCCAUACCUACGAACGUCGUCUACAUCGCUAUCUUCUUCCUCGUCGAUUUAGGCUUCUUGACCGUCGCCGCGAGCUACUUCGCCGCUGCAGACGGCCAUGCCGCAGCGGCUGUUAGGCUGCAGAAAGCGGGGGGCGGAUUUUGCUUCGUGGCAGGGCUACCAUUUAUACCUUCUCGCUAUACCAAUAAGCAGCUAUUGAUGGCACUUGACCCAGCUGUAUACGAUGAGUACAGCAAGAAAUGGUCUGAACUGCCAAAGGAUGAGCAGGGAUGGAUUGCUCGCGCCAAGGAAGUAUCAGAGAUUCUUUCCAGAGACGUUGUCAAACGCAAUGCCGAAAAUAAGGCUCCUUUCGCUGAAGUUGCUCUGCUGAAGCAUGCUGGGCUUCUGAAGGUUCUUGGCCCGAAGAAGUAUGGCGGUGGAGAGCAGCCGUGGAGUGUGGGAUACAAGCUCAUCCGCGAGGUGGCUAAUGGUGACAGCUCCCUCGGAAUGCUCUUGGGCUAUCAUCUCCUUUGGUCAACUACAGCGAACGUCGUCGGAACCCCCGAGCAGGCCGACCACGCGCAAGACCUCAUCAUUUCAAACAACUACUUUAUCGGCGGUGCUGUCAACCCCCGCGACGAAGAUCAUAAGAUCACUAGCGACGGCGACUACAUCGUCUUCAACGGCUUCAAGCGCUUCAACACCGGCGGUGUGGUCUCCGAUCUCACUGUCCUCGAGGGAGUCUACGAAGGGACUGAACACCACAUCUUCGCCUUCGUCAAGACGCAGCAGUUCGGCAUCGAGUUCCAGCAUGACUGGCACAACAUCGGCCUACGGCUGACCGAGUCCGGAAGCGUGAAGAUCAACAACGUCCGCGUGCCAUGGGUCGAUGCACUGGGUUGGUCGGCGGAGAAGAAAGAGCUGAUCCCAGAGAUCCUCACAAUUCCCUUUGCAACCCUCCUAUUGCCCACCAUCCAACUCGUCUUCUCAAACUUUUAUCUCGGGAUAGCCCAAGGCGCCCUCACCGCUGCCGCCGCUUACACCAACAAAAACACUCGCCCCUGGCCCUAUGCCGGAAACGACCCCAAAAAGACCGCUACAGACGAAUUUUACAUCCUGGAACGCUACGGCAACUUCCACGCGCAUGUCAACGCCGCCACUGCGCUGGCUGACCGCGCCGGUGAUCUUGUGUCCUCCAUUUAUGCGACCCACACCGCCGAUCGUAAAAGCCUCACACCAACCCGCCGUGGCGAGCUCGCAGAGGAGGUUGCGAGUGUAAAGGUGGUGACGACGGACACCGGGCUCCGGGUUACUUCGGGGGUGUUCGAGGUGACGGGCGCGAAGGCGACAGGAGAGAGCGUGGGAUUGGACCGGUUCUGGAGGGAUCUGAGAACGCAUACGCUCCACGAUCCUGUAGCGUACAAGAACCGAGAGUUGGGCAGGUGGAGGUUGUUGGGCGAGGCACCGGAGCCGACUUGGUAUACCUAAGGUCGUGGGGCUGGGCCUAGAGGGAGGACGAGUGCGACAGCGGUCGGUGACUGCGAUUUGUCUUGGAGGUGGUCUUGCUGGUUUACGAGCUCUUUUAUGAGUUAUGAUGCUUGCGAAUAUUGAGUGUUAAUCCUGUUGGAGAGAAAAUGUCUGGUGACU